AUGUUCCCGCCAAAACCCCAAGGAACCAUUCACAUGCCAUCAUGUGGCGUUGACGCAACUUCCCGGAAUGUGAUCGUGGCGGUGAAAGCAGAGAAGGUGAUCUCCAAUAUUGCAUUGUCUUGGGCCACUACACACGUGGCCCGGCCGGGCGACUGCAUUCUUCUCCUCGCCGUCUUCUCCGAGAAGAUGACCGCUGGGAGGAGAUUUUGGGGGUUUCCAAGGUUGAAAGGGGAGUGUCGGAGUGCUGACCGGAAUAAUCUACGGGAUAGGAUUGGACAGAUCUCAGAGUCUUGUUCUCAGAUGGUUCUCCAAUUUCACGGUCAAAUUCAGGUUGGAGUGCAAAUCAAGGUUGUCUCAGCUCAAUCUGCAGGUUCUGUGGCAGCUGAAGCAAAGAGGAAUGUAGCUAACUGGGGCCAGCUCAACUUUUCUGUGACUGUUGAAAAUGAAGAUGAUAUCGAAUUGCUUUGA